GGCUAACCUGUGUGGUGUAUCUUGAGCACCGCUAGUGGUCGAAACCAGCAAUACUCAAGAAAACAUCCAACAUGGCGGCGUCCAUUCGGACAUUGUGUUGUAUGGGUUUUAGGCAAUGCCGUCGUGGUUUUACUACGACAUGCGGGGCAGAAGCUGGAAUCAAGUGGAGGACAGAAAAUGGUUUAGCUCGCAGAGGAACAGAGUACGGCCCACUUACGGAUCUCCCGGACUGGUCGUUUGCAGAUGGCCGGUUGGCACCCCCACUGAAAGGACAGCUGAGGAGAAAGCAAGAGAGAGAGGCAUUAGCUAGACGAGUAGUUGCUCUAAGUUCGGAGGUUGAUAAAGGGAUGGAAGCUUGGAGGGGCAAACAGGAUGAAGCCAAAAGAAUGGAGGAACACAGGAAGUCUCUUCUGUUCAAACCCAAAGGGAAGCUUUUGUUAAAGAAAAAUAAAUAAAAAACAAAAUUUCUAUUCCAAUUCUCCUUACUUGCUGACAAAAAUUGAGAAUGCAAUUGUUGUAUGAAUUUGUCUUACCAUUUUUGUUGUUGAAAAUAAACAUUCAUUUGUAUUUAUUGCCUAAUUUAA